GUGUUUUUUUACCGUCAGUGACGGAUUGGGACUGAGACCAACUUGUUUUGCUUUUGCUUAAAGCCCAAAACAAUGAAAAAAUCUAACAAAGAAAAAGAGAGGGAGAGAGAGGACAAGAAAGGAUUUGGCCAGGCCUAAGCCUUCUGUGCUCUUGAUUAUAUGAUAGUAACCGCUCUAUCCACGAUCCCUUACAGUUUGAGGCCACACAGCGUCUGUUCAACGGUCUUGGCCCUUUCGUUAGCACGAAGUUCUUGUGAUACUUCUUUCAAUUUUUUAAUUUGAUUGAAACCUCGACGUUCCUGGUUUUUUCGUGGUCAUUUGGUUCAGAAGAAUAGUAAAGCAGUGAUUUUUUUCGUAAGUUUCGGUUGCGUGUUUGCAGCAAAUUGCUUUUCAGUAUGGUUUGUGGUGAUUGCAGGGAGAUCUGAGCGAGGAAUAAGGGGAUCGAUAUGGAACCUCCGAAGGGGGUUUUGGCUACUGUGUGGAACUUUAUUUGCUUUCUUCCUUACUUCAGCGGGCUUCUGCUCCUUGGCACCAUUAAAGGUAUCAUUUUCUGCCCAUUGGUAUGCCUUAUCAUGACAAUUGGAAAUUCUGCCAUCAUAUUGGGUCUUUGGCCAGCACAUAGUGCUUGGACAUAUUACUGCGUCGUGAGAGCUAAACGAUUGGGACCAGUUUUGAAGCUAGUUCUCUGCUUAUGCGUUCUGCCUAUACUUUUGAUUUUGUGGCUAGUGGUUGGUAUUAUUGGAAGUAUCACAGGCGGAGCAGCAUAUGGCUUUCUUUCACCAAUAUUUGCUACUUUUGAUGCUGUUGGAGAAGGAAAGACUAAUAAAUUAUUCCAUUGUUUUUAUGAUGGGACUCGGGGAACUAUUGAAAGGAGUUUCACCAUUGUCAGGGAUUUGAAAGAUGUUUGUUUCCAUUCCUACUUCUCAAUUAUGGAUGACCUGCACAAAAAGGGGCCCCCAGAUGUGACCUAUUAUGAGAUUAGAUUGCUUUAUCUUCCUGCUGCAAUUGUAGCUGGAGUUCUUGGUUUCAUCAUUGAUUUUCCCUUAAUCUCACUCAUUGCUCUAUGCAAAAGCCCUUUCAUGCUCUUUAAGGGAUGGAACCGUUUGUUUCAUGACCUUAUAGGUCGCGAAGGUCCUUUCUUGGAGACAAUAUGUGUGCCUUUUGCCGGUCUUGCCAUCCUACUCUGGCCAUUGGCUGUUGUUGGGGCAGUUUUAGCCUCCAUGGCAGCCAGUAUCUUUCUUGGUUCUUAUGCUGGGGUGGUUGCUUAUGAGGAGUCCUCCUUAUGGUUUGGGCUUUGCUACAUUGUUGCAUCGUUGUCCAUAUAUGAUGAAUACAGCAACGAUGUUCUUGACAUGACAGAAGGAUCCAUCUUUCCUAGGCCACAUUACCGAAGGAAGGGUGACCUGUCACGGAACACCUCUCGCCUGUCUUCUUUAUCACGGCCCAGCUCUUUCCGUAAUCCUCCCUCCCGCACAGGUUCAAUGAAGCAUGCUGUGGACUUGAAUCCACUUGAGCUACUUGAUAGCCUAUUCAAGGAGUGUCAACGCCAUGGGGAGAGAAUGGUUUCUGAAGGGCUAAUAACACUUCAAGACGUUGAAGAUGCCAAGUAUGAUAGCAGUAGCAAAGUUAUUAGCAUUGGAUUACCUGCUUAUUGCCUUCUUCGGGUGCUUCUGCGCUCUGCAGAAGCCAAUUCCAUGGGUUUACUGUUAGCCGACAAUGUUACCGAGAUCACUAGUACAAACAGACCAAAAGAUACCUUCUUUGAUUGGUUUCUUCACCCACUUCUGAUCCUUAAAGACCAGAUUAAAGCUGAGAACCUUUCUAAGGCAGAAGAGGACUAUUUCUCCAAAUUAGUCUUGCUGAUUGGUGAUCCUGGGAGGCUGAAGAACUCGAAUAUUGGCUCACCACCUGAACCCGAGCUUAGACGAGCUGAAAUUGAUGCACUAGCUCGAAGGCUGCAAGGGAUCACCAAAUCUAUCUCAAGGUAUCCAACUUUUAGGCGUCGCUUUGAAUGUUUUAUCAAAACCACAUCCGACGAACUUGCCAAGAAGCAUGGUGAAAGCAGCAGAUCAAACAAUGGGCCUAAACCAAUUGCAAGAUCGAAGAGCGCCUUUGCACGAAUGUUCAGCCAGAGAUCUUUUAAUAACAAGACAAGAAAUCACGGUUCUGAUCAAGAGUCACGACAAGUUGUUAGAGAUGUGGAAAUUUUGUGACAAAACAAGUUUAAUAGAAUUUUAGUCAAAAUCUUAAUUUUAUGUUUCCUCUAA